ACUCUCCUAAAUAAAGCAAAACACCAGCCUUUACUCUUUUCUCCCAUGCCCUCCCUCAGAAAAGCAAAAAAAAAAAUUCUCUAAAACCAUGAAGAAGAAGAAGACUUCCUUACAAUUAUUCUUACUCCUCCUUUUUCUACACACACUACCCAUUAAACCCGACCCGGUCCAACCCUUCAUUCCAAAACCCAUUUCACCACCAGUCACAACAAUCCCUGCAUUCCCAGAACAAUCUUCCUCCUCUUCUUCAUCUGGGUGUCCAUUAGACCUUCCAAAUGACUUAUUCCCAAACAUCAAAUCGGCCUGUACGGGUAAAAAACAUCACGGGUCGGGUGAGUUAAACCGGGUCAAAUGCUGCCCUGUUUUAGCAGCCUGGUUAUACUCUGCGUACUCAGCAACAGCUUUAGGGAAAAUAAAUAAAUAUACUCAACAAACUGCAAUGUAUCAUGACCUUCCUUUGCUUCCUAAUGACUCUGAAACUUGUGUUGAGAAUCUUGAAAAUGGACUAAGAAAGAAGGGAAUUGAGUUGGUUAGGUUGAAUGAAUCGUGUGAUGUCGUUUAUUGCGAAUGCGGGAUUAAGUUGCAUCCGUUGAGCUGUCCUGAAGCGUUUUCGGUUAAUUCGGUUGGGGAUUUGGUUGGGAAUUAUAGAGUUAAGAAGUUGGAGAAAGAUUGUUUUAAUAAUGGUUGCUCCAAAUGCUUGAAAUCACUUCAUCUGCUUCACAAGGUCGAUACUGUAAAUACAAGUAAGUCAGAGGAACGAACGAGCAAAAUGCAAAACGAAGAUUGUGAGCUGAUGGGUCUGACAUGGCUUCUUGCCAAGAACAGGUCAGCAUACAUACAUACGGUUUCAGCUGUCCUGAGAGCCAAAAUGAUGAGCACAGAUGGUAAUUCCAUUCCAGAUUCAUGUCCCCUCAAUAGUGAUGGAUUGCCGUUAGCGGUUGAUUCUUCUGAAAUCAACGAUUCCUCAUCAUCCAGUAUCCUCUAUAAUUUACCUCUCACUCUUUCCAUAUUUUCACUUUUAAUAUUUCAUGUGUCUAUCUGUCAAUUAUCUAAUAGCAUGUAGUGUUUGUUCAAGUUUGGGAUAGGAUGGGGAUCUUGGGCUCUUGGCAACUAUGUAUUUGUUAUCAUGUGCAUGAAAAUAUAAUUCUUUUGUGCUUC